CGACCGGACCCCAGCACAGUCUGAAGUGUCAGAUAGUCUUCCUAACGCGUGAGAAAUUUGGUGUAUGGAAGAGGGUGAAAGAGGGGAAACCCGGCAGAGAGAGAGGGCUGCAAAAUUACGCGGAAGAGCACUGUUGAUAGAACAGGACUCGGAGGAAACAUCGGAGGUCUUAAUGAGGGAAUGCCGAAAAGGAGAGCAGACAUACGGCAGGAGCACCAGACAUGAGUCCGAGGAGGGGAUGAGAAAGAGGGGAGAGGAGGGGCAGUGAGACAGUGAAGAGAGAGGGAGAAAAGUGGGUGGGAGGACGGACCUAAGGAGCGACAAGAAAUUCAUAUCAAUUAAUAAUCAUAAAAAAAGAGCUGGCAGACGUGCUCGGAAAACUGGCAUGGUUUUUUGGAGGCUGGCAGUUCAAAGCUGAAACGUCAGAUAUGACUCCCAGAGACUGCUGAGAUGAUCAUUAAGGGAGACUUAGAUCGGAUGGCAGAAGACAUCGGGCAUGCAGGUGGCGGACUGAAGACGAUGCUGGAUGCCAUGGAAGUUCCAAGUCAUGCUAGGGAUCUCCUCCUGCAGCUCAAUAGCCAGCGCACCAAGGGCUUCCUGUGUGAUGUUAUUAUUGUGGUGCAGAACGCCCUCUUCAGAGCUCACAAGAACAUUCUUGCUGCCAGCAGCCUCUACUUGAAGUCACUGGUGGUCCAUGACAAUCUCAUCAACCUCGACCACGAGAUGGUGAGUCCAGGGGUCUUCAGGGUCAUUCUGGACUACAUCUACACAGGCCGCCUUAGUGAUGGAGACCCCACUUCUCCCAGUGAACCCAAUCUAGGGGCUGUUCUGGCAGCAGCCAGUUACCUACAGCUGCUCGACUUAGUGGCUUUGUGCAAAAAGAAGUUGAAAAGAAAUGGCAAGUACCCUCCCCGCCCAGGUCCUGCGUUUCUGCCCUAUGCAAAGAUGGGGCCCAAUAGUAUGGGUGGCAGGUAUAGGGUUUCUACCCCUGUCAUUCAGUCCUGCCCUCCAGGAGGAAUUAUGAAUAGCCAUGCAUCUCGGGCAGCACCACUAGAGGAGCUAGUUCCCCAUCGACUAGCCAUCCAUGCUGGGGAGCUGUAUGCUCCCACCCAGGGCUCUCAGGUGUUCCCGUCCGUGCACCCAGCUCUUCCUGCCCAGCUAGGCCUGCACUCAGCCUUACCUGAUAGGAACUGCUCCCCCAACUAUGGCCUUGAUCUCUCUAAGAAAAGUCCCAACUCCCAGUCUCAGCACACACCCUCUCAAUCCCAUCUGGCAAACACCCACAAUAAUGAGGAGCGAGACGGGACAUUGAGCGGCCGUACCAGUCCCAUGCAGGGGACAAAUGGGAGGGCCUUCCCCUCAGAAAAAAUGGAGUCAACAGACCAAGGAGGCUCCCUCACACCCCCACCAUUUCCCCAUCUCAACCAGCCGCUUGGCCCCCACCUCCCCCACCUGCAUCGCUCAGGCUCCCAGGGAACUGACCGCUACCCAUGCCCCCCCAGCCCUGACACCCCCACAGACGGUGGAGAGGGCGGCAGAGAGAUGGGCAACAUCUACCGCUGGGUGAAACAUGAGCCAUUGUCAUACACACCUGAAGAUGAGGAUGAGGACGAGGAUGAGGACGAAGGGGGUGAAAAUGGAGACCAGCACCACAACCACCACAAGACUGGGGAGGAGAGUGAGGGAGGUGAUGAGAAGAGUGGGUCAGGCACAGAGGAGACAGGCAGUAGUGAAGGCCGCCCAUCUCCUACCGGACCAAUGGGGAGGUUCCACAUGCCGUAUGAACCGGAGAGCUUUGGGGACAAUCUGUAUGUCUGCAUUCCCUGUGACAAAGGCUUCCCAAGCUCUGAGCAGCUCAAUGCACAUGUGGAGACACACACCGAAGAAGAGCUGUACGGCAACUCUGGUGGGGAGAUGGGAAACAGCAAUAACAGCAACACCAAAAACAUCAGUAGUAAUACAAAUGGUUAUGGGAGCAUCAACAGCACCAAUAGUUUGAACAGUCUGUCCCACCUUGAGACAAAGUCCAACCAGGGCCUGGGUGCAGGGGGCAUCGGGGAGAUGAUCCGACCCUAUCGCUGUUCCAGCUGUGAGAAGUCCUACAAAGAUCCAGCCACUCUGCGCCAGCAUGAGAAAACCCACUGGCUGACACGGCCUUACCCCUGCAGCAUCUGUGGCAAGAAGUUCACACAGCGUGGUACCAUGACACGCCACAUGCGGAGCCACCUGGGCCUUAAGCCUUUUGCCUGUGACUCCUGUGGCAUGCGCUUCACCCGCCAGUACCGUCUCACCGAGCACAUGCGCAUCCACUCCGGGGAAAAGCCCUAUGAAUGUCAGGUGUGCGGAGGAAAGUUUGCCCAGCAGCGCAACCUCAUCAGCCACAUGAAGAUGCACAGCAGUGGAGGGACUGCAGGAGGCUUGACCUCUGAUGGGAAACUGAAGCUGGACUUUGCAGAGGGCAUCUAUCCUCUGAAUAAAUUCACAGCAGAGCAUCUGGGGCUGAAGCAAGAGAAGGCCAAUGAGCUUCUCAUACAGGCCCAGCAGCAGCUGGUAGCUGAUGCAAAGGCCAUGGAGAGCCUCUACCCACUGUCCAAACUGGCCUCGGAGCACCUGGGUCUCACCCACGACAAGAUGGAUGUCCUGGGAUCCCUGCCCCCUCCCCCACAGGCCCUCUCCGAAGGCCGCACCAUCGACCGCUACUCACCCAGCUAAGACCACAUGACCUGUGCAAAUGGCAUUCACCAAUAGGUCUGUGUGCACACACAACUUGCAGUAUUCUAAAGCCAUUCACCUCAACUCAAUAUCUCCUCUGCACCUCAGACUCAGGCCAAAAGGAAUUAGUCUGCUAAUGCACACCAAAAUGUGUAGACUGUAAGUGCCUUUCUAUGCAUCUAAUGUAUCUUAAAAUCCUCCUUUAUAAAGGAGCACUGUGCUAUUCCGUGACCAAGGGACACUCAUUCAAAGAAGUACAGUAUUUAUGUACAGUAUAUGCAAACAAACAUU